GGCUAGAACAUACUUCCGUAGUCCAUCCAUGAGAGACUUUUGUUGAGACUUCUCUCUGUACUAAAUUCUGGAAACGUCGAUCGAUCAACCGAAUCAAAGCAAAAGAAUUUGCGUGAAAAUGGCGAACCCGCUUCGAUGCCAGAGAAUCGGCUGUAACGCUACUUUCACGGAAGAUGAUAAUCCCCAAGACUCCUGCACUUAUCAUGAGUCGCCUCUGUUUCAUGAUGGUAUGAAAGAAUGGAGCUGCUGCAAAAAAAGGAGUCAUGAUUUCACCUUAUUUCUGGAAAUUCCAGGAUGCAAGACAGGCAAACACACAACUGAAAAGCCAGUGAUAGCAAAAAAGGCUACCCCUGCUGCUCCAAAACAAGCAAUCAAAACUCCAUCUCCUUCAACUAAAGAAUCUUGCCCUAGAUGUCGUCAAGGAUUCUUUUGCUCUGACCAUGGGUCACAAGUGAAAGUUAUGAAUACAAAACCUUCAUAUCAACCUCAAUCUACUACUUCAGAGAAGGUUAAUUUAGAUUUGAAGGAAAGUGGGAAAACUCCAGUGAAGAAAAUUGUUGACAUAAACCAGCCUCAGAUCUGCAAAAACAAGGGAUGUGGUCAAACUUUCAAGGAAAUUGAUAACCAUGAGACUGCUUGUAAUUACCAUCCUGGCCCUGCUGUCUUCCAUGACCGAAUGAGAGGGUGGAAAUGCUGUGAUGUUCAUGUGAAGGAGUUUGAUGAGUUCAUGGGCAUUCCACCAUGUGCUAAGGGAUGGCAUGAUGCAGAGGCAGCAUCAUAACAAAUGAGGACAUGAAAAUUUAGGUAUUUACUAUAUUCAAUUUGCAACUGAAACUGUCUUCUGUUAUUAUGUUGUAGAACCAAUUGCUUCUUUCAACAGGUAUUAAUAUUAAGCUGCACCUUUCUUCUUACUUUUUCAAGCUUUAUAUAAUGAUGAAGCUUGUUGAGUUUGUUAUAAGUUUAGGUU